AUGGAAGAUCCCGAGCCUGAGGAUGAAGGCGAGGAAUAUAUAGUAGGAAAAAAUAUAAUUCAUAAUAAUAUUUAUAACCAGAAUUUUAUAAAAAAGUUUCUUUUUGAAAAUAUAGAAAGAAAUGAAAUUAAUAAUUUUAAAAGGAAUAAAAAAAGCAACAAGAAUAAAAAGUUUAUUAUCCAUUUAGUACCGUCAAAGAAUUCUUCUUUUUAUAAUUUUCUUAAAAAGAAAAAAAAUGAUGUUUUAAAAAAAUAUGGACAAGAUGAAACAUAUAAAUAUGAUAUACAUAUAAGUGUUACUGGAUAUUUUUGUUGUGAUAAUAUAAAUGUAUUUAUAAAAACAUUAUAUCACUUUAUGUUUCAAUAUUUAAAAUUGUAUUAUACUUUUAAAAAAAUUAUUUUUAAAAAUUUAUAUUUUCAUAUAUCUUUACCUAACAAAGCUGAUGUAGAAUCAUUUAUUUUGAAAAAAGGUAAAAUAAAAUAUCAGAUUAAAAAAGAAGACACAAUAAAAAAUGUGAGUAGGACCAUAUUUAAGAACCAACCUAAUCAUUAUGAUGAGGAGGAAUAUAUUCCUCCAGAAAUUUUAAAUCAAAAACACCACAUUGUAGAUAUAAAGAAACAAGAUCUUACGUAUACAAAAAAUAUUGAAACUUAUCAAUGUGUUGAAAAUGUAGAUUCUCAUUAUAUUAAAAAAAAACAAAAAACAAACAAAAAUUCUGAACCUAUCAAACAGCAUGUUCUAACAACAAACGAUGGUUAUGUUAUAGUCCCUAUACAUUGUGAGUGGUUGAAAAGAAUAUUAGAUAAUUUCUUUUUUAUAAUAAAAAAUAAUAAUGUCAUAUCUUAUAACACAAUUACGAAUGAUAUGUAUACCAUAAAUAAAAACAUAUCUAAAUUACAUGACAGUAUGAAAAAAAAAUAUAUAUGUUUUAAUAAUAAUAAUAAUAUGUUAUCUUAUGAUCCUUAUAAAAGUAGUUUAUUAUUAUUAAAACAUGAGGAUUCUAAUUCUAAUAUACCUUCAAACAUAACAUCUAAUAUGAAUAAUGGUUUAGAUGUUAUAUCUUCUUCCAACAAAUCUGAUAGCUUAAUAGCUCAAUAUUAUAUCAACAAUAAUAAUAAUAAUAGUAAUAGUAAUAAAAUGUUUUAUAAUAAUGACGAAAUGAAUAGUACAUAUUUUGUAUAUACGAAUUGUGAUUCUAAUACUCUUAUAGAUAAUCUAUCGUUUAAUAAAACCAUUAACUCAUUUCAAGAUAAUCACAUGGGUAACACAUUAAUAUGUAAUAAUAACAACAAUAUAGACAUAAUGAAUUAUAAUAAUAAUAAUAGUCAUAAUUUUUUUAAACAUGCUAAUCAUGUGGAUAUUAACCUUAGCAGUAAUAAAAGUGAUAGUAGUGAUAAAACAAAUAAUUCAAAGAAAGAGAAAAAAAAAAAAAAAAGUAAUAAUAAUAAUAAUAAUAAAAAAACAGAUUCACAUAGAAAAGAUGCUAUGAAUAAAAUGAGCUACACAUAUAACAAUUUCAAAGUAAACGUAUCAGAUUUUAGAGUAAAGGAUUGUAAUCAUAUAUCCUUAGCAUGCAAUAGAAAUAAUAAAUAUAUACAAAAAAAUAUUGCAAAUAUGUAUAAAGAUAUAAAAUAUUAUUUCUUAAAUUGUUCUUGGGAUCUUGUUAUGUUUGAAUGUGAUCAAAAUGUUUUUCCUCAGGCGAAUAAACAAAAUAAAUUUUUAAACGAAAUUUUUAGAGUCAAAAAUUUUGCAGUCUCCUAG